UUCAAGCAAGGACAUGACGUCACUGUCUGUUGUGGAAGUCAGAAGUGGGGCAGAAGUCAGUCAAGCUCGGUUAAAUAAAACAAAUUGCAUCUUUGUUACCGGUGUGUUGAGACACGGCGUACUCAGUUGUCAGAAGACCUGUUCUAAUUUCGGAAGGUAUUUAUUUUUCUCACAGAGAUCAGAGGUUGAAUUACAUCACAACCAUGCACGUGGUGACACUAAGAGACCUGAUGUGGAUAUGGAUGCUGUUUCUGUGGUGUUCAUCAUGUCACUGUGGACCAGAUCCCAGGAAGCGGGAGGCUCUGAUAAGGCUGGAAGCAUCUAGACGGACAGGAGGCAACAUAACACUGAAUGAGAGAGAGGAACUUCUUGACAAGAAGCUUCAGAAACUGAAGCAGCAUGAUAUGGAAGCAGGACAUGUCCCACCGUCCAUGCAUUUCUUCAAGGCUAAGCGCUUCAUCGAUCAAAGUCCUGUGUUUAGUUUGCUUCAGAAGAUGCCUAAAGGUGCUGCCCUGCAUGUUCACGACUUUGGUAUGGUGAGUGUGGAUUGGCUGGUGAAGAACGUGACCUACAGAGAGAACUGCUACGUGUGCUUCACAGAUGAGCAGACCGUGCAGUUUAUCUUCUCCUCCGGACAGCCUGCGUCUCUUCCACGCUGCUCCUCAUGGAAUUUGCUGAAAUCCCUCAGGGAGAAGAUUAAAAACAGCACUGAUUUGGACAACAGUUUCAUUCGAAAUCUCACGCUCUUCACCGAGGACCCAGACAGAGCCUAUCCUAGCCAAGAUAUUGUGUGGAAGAGAUUUGAGCAGGCAUUCUUGGUGGCCUAUGGGUUGGUCACCUAUGCGCCUGUGUUCAAAGACUACCUCUAUGAAGGUCUAAGACAGUUUUAUGAGGACAACAUCAUGUAUGUGGAAAUCAGGGCGCUGCUGCCAGCGACAUAUGAACUGGAUGGCAGAUUAAAUAACAAGGACUGGAGUAUGAGGGCCUGCCAGGACGUUGUGAAAAGAUUUAGAGAAAACUUCCCAGACUUCCUAGGAGCUCGAGUGAUUUUUACCGUCCACAGGGGUAUAAAUGCAACCGAGGCGGUGAAGACAGUAGAGGAAGCAAUGACACUACACAGGAACUUUCCAGAUAUCAUGGCAGGCUUUGACUUUGUAGGACAGGAAGACCUUGGAAGACCUCUGUGGUACUUCAAAGAGGCUUUGAGUCUACCUGAAGACAGGGGUGUUAACCUGCCCUACUUUUUCCACGCAGGAGAGACAGAUUCACAGGGAACAGAUGUUGAUCAGAACCUCAUGGAUGCUCUUCUAUUCAACACCACACGUAUAGGUCACGGCUUCGCUUUGGCACGUCAUCCUGUAGUUAAAGACUUGUCUAGAAAGAUGGAUGUACCUAUUGAAGUCUGUCCAAUCUCAAAUCAGGUGUUGAAAUUGGUCUCAGACAUGCGGGACCACCCAGUGGCAGCACUGAUGGCUGAGGGUCAUCCUGUAGUGAUCAGCUCAGAUGAUCCAGCUCUGUUUGGGGCCACUGCCCUUUCACAUGAUUUCUACGAAGCCUUCAUGGGCUUUGGAGGAAUGAGCUUUCAUUUAGGCACAUUGAAAGAGCUGGUCAUAAACUCCCUCAGGUACAGCUCAUUGCCAAGUCAAACUAAGAAAAAGGCUAUUGAGGUAUUGCUGGUAAAUUGGGACAAGUUUGUCUCGGAAAGUUUACUGUAGACUACUUUAACAGGUAGUUUGUAAAUCAGGAGGUUUUAAGCAUGCUCUAAGGGCAUUUUUACAAGAUGUUUUCCCCAUUUGUUUGUCAUAUUGGUGAACAUACUGGGGUGUGGAUACUGCAAUUAACGCUGUUACUUGGUAUGAGGAAAUGAAUGUAUUCUCUUGAACUGGCCUGUGCUGCCAUCUGGUGCAGAAUCUAUGUACUACUGAUCCUCUGUACUUCCCUUGAAACAAAAUGGAGGACUGUAGUGCUUGCAACUUCAAGCUGUUGACAGCAGUUUUGUGCAAUUUUGUGAAUUCAGGACACCUGUUAAACAACAAAACCGUGAUGCACUUAAUGUCAGUUAAUUAUUUUAUUUGAAAAAGUAGUUAUCACCAAUAGAUCCUGUGCAGUGAAUGGGUGCCGUCAGAAUGAGAGUUGUGACAGCUGAUAAAAACAUCACAGUUAUCAAAAAGUAAUCCACAAGACUCCAGUGAAGCAAAAAGUUGCAUGUUUUUAAUAAAUCCAUCAAUACAAUGUUUUUAACUGCAAACUUUUGCUCCCAGCUAAAAUCCUUCAUCCAUAAUAUCGCUUUCUCUGCUGAAAAUGUCUCGUCUGAAUCAGGAGAGAAAUACACACAGAUCAGGCACCAUUUACAAGUGAAAAAAGUCCUAAACAAACAGUUCUAAACAUAUGUCAGUGGAUUUUGAUGUGAGAGGUCAAAAGGGAAUAGACUUUCCACUGGAAAAAGUGUUAUUAUGGAUUAUGUAUUUUGUCCAGAAGCUGAAUAUUUAAAGUUAAAUUCCUUAAUGACUGCUUUGUUACAUACAAACACACAGCUUUUUGCUUCAUAAGAAGUUAAUUGAUGGACUUGAGUCAUGUGGAGACUGGAGACGUAUUUAUCAGCUGUUUGGACACUUCAUUCCAGUGGCACCCAUUCACUGCAGAGGACCCAUUAGUAAGGAGGUGAUUUAAUGCUAAACCAAGCCUGUUUCAUUGAAGAAACAAACUCAUCCAAAUUUUCAGCAAAUAUUCUUUUUUGGGUGACCUAUUCCUUUUAAGUUUUUAAAAGUACAUUUUUACUUUAACAACCUCUGCAGGCUGACUUGAGUUACCUGAUUUCAGUUGUUUAUGAAUAUGCAGCUCAUUUUUGUUUACAACAUGAAUGUUUUAAAAAACAAGUGUUACAACUCCAUCUGCCAUCUUUACUGACCUAUUAAAAAUUGUGCAGCUUUCCGAAACA